AUGGGGGCGCUGUCCAGCAUGAAGAAGGACAUCCCCUACAGCACAGACCUCGACCGAAGGCCGCCCCACACCUAUCAGGAAUUCCUGACAAGGGCGCAGGGGUUCAUAAACGCCGAGGAGGCCAAGAAGGCCUUAAAGAGCAAGGCGGCAACCCCUGCCAAGGAGGAGCUAGGGCAUGCUAGUAGUCAGAACAACGGCAAGAAGCGCCGAGGUCCUCCUCAGGUGCAAGCCGAGCCAAGGUACAACCCGGCACCGAGCAACAGGCGCGGCAACGCCUCGACGAGCCAGGGGGAGACCAAGCGGCCCAAGCCGCAACGGUACCACGCCUACACUCCCCUGACUAUGGGGAUCGAGGACGUCUACCACGAGAUCAGCCAUCUCCAGGUCCGGCGUCGACCUCCACCCCUAAAGUCCGACCCGGCACGGAGAAACCAGAGCAAAUACUGCCGUUUCCACGGUGAUAGUGGUCACACCACGGCCGAGUGCUACGACCUGAGGGAUGAGGUCGAGAGGCUGAUCCGGGAAGGGAGGCUAGGCGAAUACCGAGCCGACCGCCGUAACAACAACAGGCGCAACGACGACCGACGGGACGAGCAGAGGCGCGAUAACCCGCCCGAACCAGUUGGCGUCAUAAGGACGAUCUCCGGGGGACUGUACCUCAACGGUACCUCUCGACGCGCACAGAAGGAGUACGCUCGAGAGGCGAAGGAGAAGUUCAGCCAGAGGAUCAUGAACGUCUCUGGACGCGAGGCUAAGGUCGCGCGAUAUGAGGACGCCGAGAUCACUUUCUUGGAAGCCGACGCGAAGGGGGUACAUUUCCCCCAGAGCGAUGCCUUGGUCGUCAAAGCCAUGAUCGGUAACCACACGGUUUGCCGUAUCCUGGUCGACAAUGGUAGUUCCGUGGACAUCUUGUACGUGGACUGCCUCGACAAGAUGGGGAUUCUCCGCUCAAGGCUGCAGAACAGUGCCCAGCCACUGUACGGGUUGACGGGAGAUAGCGUCAUCCCGGAAGGGGCCAUCAAGCUGCCUAUGACCAUCGGUGACCGACCACACACCUCGACCGUUAUGUCAAAGUUCCUAGUGGUGAAGGGAGGCGACCAAUACAACGCGGUCAUAGGACGCCCAACCCUGAGGGCCUUGCGGGCGGUUACGUCCAUCUACCAUCAGGCGAUGAAGUUCCCCACGCCAAACGGGAUCGGCAAGGUCAGAGGCAAUCAGUACGAGUCAAGACUCACGUACUCAGAAACCGUCCACCACUAUGCCGAGCCGACUCAGGUACGGAGAGAGCUGCGAAUGGUCGAGACCAGGAGAUAG